AUGGCUACUUUUGCCACUGACAAGGAAAUAAAUGCAAGCUUUCAAUCAGAUGUGCACCUUGGAGUAAGCAGUUUUUCUGCUGUUGCUGGUUUGGAAGACCGAGAUGUGCUCGCUACGGCAACGACUGAAAUUUUUGGUCGUUUUCAAGCAUUAAAGACUUUAUUACAUCCGAACAUUUGUGAAUAUGUAGAAAUUGUUAAAGGCAAACACGAUCGAUUGUUUGUGAUAUUUGAAUAUCACAUGAAUCAUCUUGGAAAAUUGUACCAGGGUGAAGGAGGCAACAUGCAGAUUACAAGGAUAGGAAUUAGUAUGUUGCGUGAAUGGGCCUUUCAAAUUUUAAAGGCACUUACAUAUUUAAAUCAAAAUGGCAUAACACAUCAUAAUUUGGACCCUCAUAAUAUUUUAUUGGAUGCCGAGGGUAAAGUUAAAUUGGCAGACUACGGUUUAUUUUAUAUGACCAACGGAGGUGCUGACGUAGAUUUCCCAAUUGGUUAUCCACAUUAUCUCCCUGCCGAAGCAAUUUAUCGCCAAGCAGAUAUGCCAGAGGUCACCGGAAAGGUGGAUGUGUGGUCACUUGGUGUAAUAUUGGCUGAAAUUUUUACAGGGUCAACUUUUUGGAAGGAAAAUGACAAAGACAUUGAGAAAUUAUUUUUUUCAUUAUGGAUGCUUCAAUCCUUCGUACAGGAGGAAGGGGAAACUGAUGAUGAUGCUGGAGUUUGGAACAAGCUUAUUGUUCAUCAAUUGGGUAUAAAUGAUCCUAUUUUGGACUUUCUGCAAGAUUCUGCUGAUGAUGAUCUUGCGGAUUUGGAUUUUCGAAAUUUCAUUCGUGCAUGUUUGAAAGUGGAUGUUUCAAAUAGGUGUUCUCCAGAACAGUUGUUGUCGCAUCCAUUCUUUUCUGGACAUGGUCUCAGCGACAACUAUAAAUAUUGGUGGAAAAAGCCAUUCUUACAAUCACAGAGCAUCGAUUUUGAUGAAGAAAAUAUGUUUAUUCCUAUAGAUGAACAACCCAACAAGGAUGUCCUCUACGGGAUACCAUUAUCUCAGAUUUAUUAUUUUUGGAAACUUGCCGGAGGUGAUGUGGAAACGGAAUUGGCCAAAAGAGGUUUUCUUCUAAGUACACCACCAAUCGAACGAAUUCCAAGGACUGUGAAAGUACAAGAUGGAAAAGAAGAAGGCACAACAAAAGACACUGCCUUUCUAUUUUCUGAUACCAUUUACACUUUAUCUCUAAAGGAACUUCGACAAAGACUUGAAGUGGCUACUGGUCCUAAUAGGGAAACAUUUGAAUGGGAUACUGACUAUUUUAUGCUUGUUGAUGAGGACGAUAUGAACUUCUUGGUCGACGAAAUGUCGGACGAUGACAAUUCAAGCACAAAGGAUGAUGAUAUUCUUGGAAAGUACCUGUAUCCUGAUCCAAAUAACCAUAAAGCUUCAUUGUCCUCGACAAAUGGGCAAACUACACCACCAACAAAUAACAUCAAAUUGCCGUUGUUAAUACGAGAAAAAGACGUCGGGUAUCAGUUUCAGAGGGUUGCCUUAUUUAGUGAGUUACUUAGGCAAUAUCCAGCGUCGAGAGAUGAAAUUAUUCAUCAUGCAAAAGUAGAUAUACCACCGUUUUUACGUGGAAGAAUUUGGGCUGCAAUUUUAGGAAUUUAUGGCGAUUAUCAAGCCUUAUACGAUUCUUAUGAUAAGGAAACCGAGAAGGAAACUGCGACGGAUCGUCAGAUCGAUGUUGAUGUUCCGAGGUGUCAUCAAUAUAAUCAGCUACUUUCGUCUCCAAUUGGUCAUGAAAAACUUCGAAGGCUUUUGAAAUGUUUUAUAGUGGCGAACGCGAACAAUAAAUUAGUUUACUGGCAAGGGUUGGACUCUCUUUGCGCUCCUUUCCUAACACUUAAUUUUAAUGACGAGGCUCUCGCAUUUAGUUGUUUACAUACAUUUAUUCCGAAAUUUCUUCAGGAUGUUUUCUUGUUUGAUAAUUCAUCUGUCAUUGCAGAGUAUCUUGCAGUUUUUAAACACCUUUUGUCAUUUCAUGAUCCAGAACUUUCCAGUCAUCUUAACAAAAUAGGGUAUCAACCUGAUCUAUAUGCCAUUCCAUGGUUCUUGACAUUAUUUACUCAUGUUUUCCCAUUGGAUAAAACAUAUCAUUUAUGGGAUAAAAUUCUUGUUGGACCACCAUCGCUACCAUUAUUUACUGGUAUCUCUAUCCUACGGCAGCUUCGUGAUUUGCUUUUACAGUCAGAAUUUAAUGAAUGUCUUGCUUUUGCCGAAUCAUUUCCUGACGUUGAUAUUGAAAAGUGCAUUCAAUCAGCACUUUCAAUGUGUAAAGUAACACCACCUUCAGUGAUUUAUCGUGUUCAUGAACCUUUUGUAACACCUGGUGCAUCACAUAAUGGAAUUCAGGGUCCUAAGGAAGAAUUAACUCCAAGAAUUUCACUUAAAGAUUUAGUAAAAUUGAAGAAUCAUGUAUUGGUUAUCGACACAAGAAGUGAACUAGAAUUUUCAAAAGGGCAUUUCCCAUUAUCAGUAAAUAUGAAUCCGGUACACUUAGAACAACUUGCACAAACACUUAGACAAGAAAAUAAGAAAUAUCAUGUAGUUUUAGCCAAGAAAGGAGAUGGACCACAGUUUGCUGCAGAACUUGUAUAUGCCAAUUUUUCACGGGUUGCAGUGUUAACAGGUAGCAUCGAUGUUAUGCGUGUUGAUACUAUUGAUACUAAAGAAAGUGUACCAGUAUGUACAUGUCGAUCAUCUAAAAUCUUUGGAUCAAAGAAUGGAGGUGCUAUUUAUUGGAAAUGUACACAAAAUCUAAUGAAACAGACCCAAUGA